AUGUCUUAUAGUGACAUUCAGAGCCUCGCCCAGCUUCUAGACAGAAACCACGGUUUUAAACGCCCUGACGGCCAAUCCGUUGGCUACAGUUUGCAGGAAACGGCGCCGACGGCCGUCGUGAACCAUGGCGACAGCGCCGCCGCUCCAAACCCAUCGAAUAUCCCCCUUCCCGCGACGGUAAUCGAUCAGCAGUUAUGCCUCCCAAUCCCUUCAGAAAGUCGGGAAGCAAAAAGAAUUCAGGCAAAACAGCAUCAAGCUCGAAGGCCUAAGGGUUACGCAAUCUGGACAGAUGACGAACUCAACGAAGUUCAUCAGUUCCGAAAGGAUACUACAACAAAACCUAGGGAUGGUGUUGAGGAACCCGAAUACACCAUUCUUCACCAAGAAAAGGUCACGGCGGAGGACUUGUAUUUGGGCAUGGAUUUCACCAGAACGGGUUCAUCCGGCCUGCUUGUGAAAGUUACGAUGCCGAAACAGGCCCGUAUUGCUGAUGUAGCUAUUGAAGUCGAUCCAUAUGAAUUUAGGCUUUCCUCUACAAAGUAUUUUCUUCGCGCCGCACUGCCACAGAAGGUGUUUGCGGGCAAGGCAUAUGUUAGGUGGAAUGUGGAAAACAAAACACUCGAAGCAUGUCUCUACGUGGACGAUUCCGAUAGGCUGGUUUGA